AUGAACGGCUUUGCGUUUUUCGAGACAUCCCACUUCAGAGCUCGGUUCAUGCGGGACGCUCAGGUUUUGGCAUCUUUAAACCCCAUUGGAGACGACUUUGACUUUCUUCCUUUUGACAUUUUGGAAAAUCGAUCCCGUAAUGGACAAUAUCAUUGGGGCGAUAUUACCUAUCGAUAUCGCGCUCAAGGCGACAACACUUGGAUGCGGAACCAUAGUGAUGUAUCUGGCGUUCAAGCCUUCGCAACUUUCCGGCAAUACUGA